ACAUCCAUCAGCCCAAGACUCUGACGAUGGAAAAACACUAUAAUUUGGAUUUGGGCACUUUGCCCGUUGUGAGUGCCUCAGAGUUUAUCAAAGAUCGACUCUAUUUUGUAACCUUCUUACGAAUCACCAGUGGCAAGCCAAAAUCAACCGUUAAAACUCAUUACUUUUGCAUAGAUGAUGAAUUGGUCUAUGAAAAUUUUUAUUCAGAUUUCAGCCCUCUCAAUCUGGCAAUGUUGUAUAGAUACUGUACGACUGUCAACCAGAAACUCCAGAUGUAUACUACAGGAAUCAGAAAGAAAAAGAUUAUCCAUUACACCACGAUGGAUGCACAAAAACGGGUCAAUGCAGCCUACCUGAUAGGCUCUUAUGCGAUCAUCUACCUGAAGAAACCUGUUGAUGAAGUACACAAGAUUUUAUUGGGUGAGGAAUCCCCUUUCCUCAAUUUCAGAGAUGCUUCGUAUGGGACUACCCUGUACCAUAUUAACCUGAAAGACUGCCUUCAAGCUAUUCAUAAAGCCCAUGAGCUAAACUUCUUUGACUUUUCUGAUUUUGAUGUUGAAGAAUAUGAACACUAUGAGAAAGUGGAAAAUGGUGACCUGAAUUGGAUUGUACCCCAGAAGUUUAUUGCGUUUUGUGGAUCUCAUGGAAAAAGCAGAAUAGAGAAUGGCUAUCCACUGCAUUCACCAGAAUCGUAUUUUGCAUACUUUUGCAAAAACAAUGUGACAACUGUUGUCCGGCUGAACAAAAAGAUUUAUGAGGCAAGCAGGUUCACAACCGGUGGCUUUGAUCAUAAAGAACUCUUUUUCUUGGAUGGGAGCACACCCACAGAUACUAUUGUACGUCAAUUCCUGAGUAUUUCUGAGAACGCCACUGGAGUAAUAGCUGUUCAUUGCAAAGCUGGACUGGGGCGAACUGGCUCCCUGAUAGGUUGCUACAUCAUGAAGCAUUACAAAUUCACAGUUCUUGAAGCGAUUGCUUGGAUACGGAUAUGCAGGCCUGGCUCUAUCAUUGGUCACCAGCAGGAGUGGCUCAAGAUGAAAGAACCUCAGAUGUGGAUGGAAGGUGAUCAGAUGCGAAGAUUGCAAGGCCGCAGCUGUCUACCCAAGCACACGUAUGGCAUUUACAGCAUAAAGUGGAAAGAGAUGAUAAACAGAAGUCCUUUCUCCGCACAGAAGAUAAGGAAAGCAUCCGAUACGCUGUCCAGGAUCCUGCACAAAGUGGACACCAUGAAGCUUGAGGAUCAGAACGAGGGAGAAGAAGAUGGGACAUACUCUUGAAAAUAAUCCAACCUACUGUUGGAAAGAAGUAAAGUGCAAAACAACAAACCUGACCCAAGGAGAUCGUCUGAACCACAUAAAGGCGUUGAGAAGACAUCAUCCCAGAACAAUAGGAUCCAGCAACCUGUACAGCAGCAGUACCAGGAUGAACACCAGAUCAAAACAAAAUGUCAACGUUGCACCGGAGACUUGCCCAGUCAAGCUAGCGAAGGUGACUGGAUUGACAUCACCAGAAUCAACAGGCUCUGCUCUGAGCGUCAAACGCAUCUCUCGAUCCACUGUUGUCGUCAACAAA